AUGCCGGAUAUAACAGCCAACGAUGGUAUCCAUCUUCACUACGAGACAUAUGGCUCUACCGGUGCCGCUCCCUUGAUCUUGCUGCAUGGCUUCACGGGUUCGGGCGCAGUCUUCAAGCGCAACGUUGCCGCACUCGCAAAAGCUCACCAUGUCAUCAUUCCCGAUCUGCGCGGCCACGGCGACUCCGGUAAACCAAGAGCCGGUUACAACGUCGCGCGCCUAGCAAUGGAUCUCAAGAACUUGAUCGAGUUCUUCGGUUUCCGCGACGGUACCAUCAAAGCCAUAGGAACGAGCCUAGGUGCUGCUAUCCUAUGGAGCUACAGCGAAUUGUUCACGACUGGCGCAUUCUCGCACAUGGUUUUCGUGGACCAAGCGCCACUGCAGAACUAUCUCGAGGAUUGGGGUCCUGAGUUCGGCAAUCUGGGAUGCAACAAUGUAGAAGCACUGAACGCGAUGCAAAAGACACUGAUUGCGAACCCGAAGGCGGCGCACCUUGGUACCAUCGCAGCGUGCUUGGGCUACAGAUCUCAUCCGCGACCCCGCGACCCUCCGUCAGAUUCGGCACAGUGGGAAGAUGACGAAGCGUUCUUCCUGGCCGAGGCUCUGAAAGGCGAUGGGUGGUGGUAUGGAAAGCUAAUGGCUGACCAUACGGCAAACGACUGGCGGCAUCCUAUCGCUCAUGCUUUCGGACCAGAGAGCGGUAGUGAAACCAAGGUGCUGGUAGUAGCAAGUAGCCGAAGUGGAUGUUUCCCCGCUGCGGGACCGCUCAAAGUGGUGGAGCUGGUGAAUGGAGGCGAGAAGGAAGGACUCGCAAAGGGAGUGACGGUGGACUGGGGUGGUCAUUGGUGUUAUUGGGAGAAGCCGGAGAUGUUCAAUGCGCUUGUCAUUGACUUUUUCUCGUGA